AUGAGCGUGAUUUGGCGAAUGGUCCAAGAGACCCAAGAUUCGCUCUCCGACGAUGCCUUACUGCCCCUGAAGUCGUACAAAUACUCCAGCGUGGACAAGUCCUUUAUCUCGCGGUAUAUCCUCAAGCACUACUGGAAUGCCUUUGUCGAGCUUCUCCCAAUGUCGAUUGCCCCCAACAUGGUAACCCUCCUCGGGUUCAUGUUCAUUGUGUUCAACGUGUUCCUGAUCGAAAUAUUCAUGCCCGAUAUGAUCGGCCCGGGGCCCUGGUGGUUGUAUUUUAGUUUCGCUAUUGGCGUGUGGAUGUAUUCGACUUUGGAUAAUGUCGACGGUAAACAGGCACGCAGAACUGGAACUUCCAGCGGGCUGGGAGAGUUGUUUGAUCACGGUAUUGAUUCACUGAAUUGCACCCUGGCUAGUCUGCUGGAGACCGCGGCCAUGGGCUUCGGUGCUUCGCAACUGGGUGCAUAUACCGCGCUGGUGCCUUGCCUCGCGAUGUACUUCUCGACCUGGGAGACUUUCCACACACACACCUUGUACCUUGGCUACUUUAACGGUCCCACUGAGGGUCUUCUCAUUGCGAUUGGCAUUAUGCUCGCCUCUGGAAUAUGGGGACCCGAAAUCUGGUCGCAACCCAUUACCGACCUCAUUAAUAUCCCGCAGCUUUUUGGCAACAACUCCGUCAAGGACCUCUGGGUGCCGAUUCUGCUCGGCGGUUUCUUCCUUGCUCACCUCCCGGGUUGCGUUUUAAACGUCUGGUCUGCCCGGAGGAAGCAGGGCCUGCCUUUCACUCCCCUGCUGAAGGAGUGGGUGCCCAUGAUUGGGUUUACCCUGUGCAUCGUUGCCUGGCUCUUUUCGCCCUAUUCCUGCCUUCUGUCCGAGAACCACCUGGUUCUGUUCUGCUGGACCAUCUCCUUCGUCUUUGGCCGGAUGACCACCAUGAUUAUCCUGGCCCACCUGCUGCGCCAGCCCUUCCCCUACUGGACCGUUCUGCAGGGCCCUCUCGUCUUUGGUGCUCUUCUGGCAAAUCUGCCCCGCAUUGGCCUGCCAGCUCUCGGCCACUCGCUAGAGGUUUGGUACCUGCGUCUGUACUUCCUCUUUGCCUUGGUGGUGUACAUGCACUGGGCCGUGCUGGUCAUCAACCGCAUCACCACUUUCCUAGGCAUCAAUUGUCUUACUAUCCGCAAGGACAAGUCAGUCGCUCGGGAACGUGCCUACCGUGAGUUGGGCGACUCUAGUCUCCCACUUGCGGGCAGCUCCCGCAGCUCCCGCAGCUCCCAUCGUUCCCUCGAUUCCGAGGAUGGUGGCCUGAAGAAUCACUAA